AUGGAAUGUCAACAUAUUAAAUUAUGUGAUUUACCUGACGAGCUUUUAUUAAUUAUUUUCAAGAAAUUGAAAAAUGUUGAAAUACUUUAUUCUUUAAUGGAUAUUAACAAGCGACUCAAUCAAAUUGUAUCUGAUCCGAUAUUCACUAGGGAAAUAACAUUGAUGAAACAAACCACACCAGUUAAACUCACUUCUCCAUUAUCUGAUUUUGUACGUGAUCGAUUUUGUCGAGAAAUAUUACCAAAAAUUCAUGACAAAAUCCAAUGGCUCAAACUUGAAACAUUAUCUAUGGAACGUAUUCUUCUUGCUGUUAAUAAUUAUUCGAAUUUAAGACAAUUAGAUAUAUUUAUUAUGAAUACAGAAACUGACAUGCAAUUAUUUACUAAAGAUCUACUACGAGAUCAUUUGGAAAUCAAUCGACAAGCAGAAAUCUUUAUGAAUAUCUUAAUUAUGUGUAAUAAACUUCGUCAUUUCAAAUUGUAUACAUCAGUACCUAUUGGUACAGCGUAUAUAUCAUUUGGUGUAGAAUCUCCAAUGUUUUUAUCGCCGACUCUUGUAGAAUUACAUAUAGUUGUCUACCGUUUUGAUGAAUGUCUUUUUCUACUCGACGGUCGUUUCAAUCAACUACGUAUAUUAUUUGUGAAGACAUUUCAUAUUCUUCCUCUUCAAAGAUCAAUUAUCAACAAGGAAAGACUAUCAAAUUUGAAACAUGUUUCCUUGACAUGCAAGAGUCUAAUAUGUGCUUAUGAUGAAGUUAUUGUGCCACAUUUACAACGGAUGAUUAAUCUGGAAAAGCUGGCUUUAUAUUUUAUGGCUGAUUACGACGAUAUAUUUAUAGAUGGGAAUAAUUUGCAGAAGAAUAUUAUAAGUCAUAUGCCUCGUUUGAAUCAGUUUAUAUUUAAUAUUCGAUCAAUGAUUAACUAUGACAAUCUAAAUUAUUUUCCAUCAAAUGAAGAUAUUCGUCGUACAUUUAUAAAUUUCAAAGAUAAUCAAGUUACUUCUUGUGUUGAUUAUUUUCCAAAAUCAAAAUAUGGUCAAUGUCAUAUUUACUCAUGUCCAUAUACAUUAACAUAUUAUGAAAAUCUAACUAAUAAUUUUCCAGGUGGAUUAUUUAAUACUGUUCAACAAAUCGAAUUAUUUGACGAACGUCCUUUUGAACAUGAAUUUUUUAUUAAAAUUUCUCAAUCAUUUCCUUUUCUUAAAGAAUUAACUAUAAUUAAUUCCGAGCAACAAAAGUCCAAUAAUGAAAAUCAAAAAUAUUCAAUUAUUAAUUAUUAUCAUCUGACUAAACUUCAUCUUGUGCAUGUUCAUGAUGAUUAUGCUGAACAAUUUUUACUUGAUACAAAAACCUAUCUAUCAAAUUAUAUUCAAUUGUCAAUUCAUUAUGAUCAAUUACAACGUGUAACAGAAUAUUUCACUAGAAAUACAACACGAUAUAAUUGUUCAAAAGUAAAACAACUUUAUCUUUAUGGUUUAUCACAAUUACCUAAACAAUAUAAUACUUACUUUCCUUAUCUUAAAUAA